AUGUCUUCUUCGACCCGGCCAAAAGCCGCGCAGAAGACUUCUGGAGGGAGCAAUCACAGAAGCACACUCUCACUACAGAGGACCCAAGUCACCAUACACAUAUACGAUCUACUACCACCUGGCAAGAUCUCGACUGUGCUGUGGACGAUUGGUAGUUCCCUCCUACACUCAGGCGUUGUUAUUGGCAACAAGGAAUAUGCCUAUGGCGGACACGAUCGACGCAAUCUGACUGGAGUCUACUGGACAAAGCCAGGCCAAGAGCCUCCGGGCGGGACUUUCAGGCAGGCAGUGCUACAUGGCUUCUCAUUCAGACCCGCCGAGGAGCUUGAAGCCAUCAUACAAGAGGCGUCGCAAGAAUUCCAAGGAACCUCCUACAACCUCCUGACCAAGAACUGCAACCACUUCACCUCGUAUCUCUGUGAAAGACUCACAGGUCGCCCUGCCCCCAGUUGGCUCAACCGCGCCGCCAGCAUAGGCGUAGCUCUCCCAUGCGUUGUACCACGGGAAUGGAUUGCGCCACCGGAAUAUGAUACAGCGGAUGGAGAGCUCCUUGACGAGGACUUUGAAGACGAAAGAACGUCUAUGCUCCGACACGACCGACAACGAGAGCGCUAUCUGGCAGCUGCAAAGCAAACAGGGUGGGAUGAAGACGAGAGUUCUGCUCGCAGUAGUCCAAGUGAGCAGAGCGGCGCAGGAUGGAAUUCUGGGCAUUCGGGAAGAGAGGAUGUGCCCCGGCUGGUCAACAUCACGGAAGCCGACAGCAGUGGUAGGACGUUGCCGUCGGCGGAGAGAGCGCCAUUGCCGAAGAAUUUGAAAUGA